AUGUUUCUCCUGCACUGGAUCUGCAUCCACACUGUAUCUGUAUCUGUGCUACAUGACGGUACCAGUCUGAUCUCUGAUGGAUCCGUAUCAGCCUCUUAUUCUUCACACACAGCAGCUUCAUCCAGCACCAAACACUUUGUUAAAACCCACACACACUCAUUAGAACCUCACGAGUACAUGCUUUCUAUCUACAAAACUUUCUCUGCUGCUGAGAAACUGGGAUUAAACGCAAGCCUGUUCCGUUCUUCAAAAGCUGCCAAUACCAUCACCAGCUUUGUGGAUCUCGGUCAAGAUGACCUUCCAAACUCUCCUCUGUGGAAACAGAAGUAUCUGUUUGACAUCUCGACUCUUUCUGAUAGAGUGGAGCUGCUGGGUGCAGAACUGAGAAUCUACACAAAAAUUUCUUCAAGUUUGCAGGCAUUUGAAACUGGUCCAGUGGAUAUUCAGCUCCUUUCCUGCCAGUCUCACAAAGUUCUGGACUCCAAAACCCUAGACUUGGACCACUCUCACAAACCAAGAUGGGAAGUUCUUGAUGUGUUAGACAUUUUUACUGAAUGGCACCUGAACACUCAAAAGAAUUUGUUCUGUCUGGAGCUCAAGGCUUCUAUUGACAACCCACAGAGAGAAAUUGACUUACAACAUCUUGGAUUUCACAGACAAGGACGCCCACAGCUAAAAAAAGCCAUCUUGGUGAUAUACACCAAGUCAAAGAAAAGACAGAGCCUUUUCUAUGAGAAAAGAAGGAAGAAUAAAUUGCACCCUAGCCAAGCUGGAAGGGAGAAAGUUCCUCCUGCCAAACCGCAACGGACACGGCGAACAGCAAUAAGCAACAGGCAUGGCAGAAGACACGGCAGAAGGUCUAAAUCCAGAUGCACCAAGAAGCCUUUGCAUGUCAGUUUCAAGGAGCUGGGCUGGGAUGACUGGGUAAUAGCUCCUUUGGAUUUUGAGGCAUAUCAUUGUGAGGGUAUCUGUGACUUUCCCCUCAGGUCUCAUUUGGAGCCCACUAAUCAUGCCAUCAUCCAGACUCUGAUGAACUCCAUGAACCCCAGCAACAUGCCACCCAGCUGUUGUGUGCCAUCUAAACUUAGUCCCAUCAGCAUCCUGUACAUCGAUUCUGGGAAUAAUGUGGUUUACAAACAAUAUGAGGACAUGGUGGUGGAGUCAUGUGGAUGCAGGUGA